AAGGUAAUCCAUUAAACAACAGACCACUGUGUACAUUAUCUUUGAAUUGUCGCUAUCAUUUACUGUACAAUCUUGGUGUACAAAUGCUACAUGACGGUCGACCAUUGGUUGCUUUUGAUUGUCUUAUUGAGUCCGUUCAAGUUUAUCAGUCCAAUCCAAGACUAUGGCUACGUCUAGCUGAAUGUUGUAUUAUGGCUCAUCAAAUGGUAAGAGAUAUUGCUUUGGUAGCAAAAGGGUAAAACGAAUACAAAUAGGUGUUCUAAAUUUGUCAUUUACGUCGCCUGGGUUUGAGUUACAGUAGCUAUAUUGCAAUCUUGUUCCCGGCACGUGAGUGCAUGACCUUUUGCCUGCACGACCUCUUGCCGCGCUUUGAAAUAAUACACGUCCCUCUCACUUUUGGAUAUUCGUAAUAUAAUAUACAAAUAAUGAAUGUCUAUGAGUGCAAUGGUAAGAAUAUUUUCAUGAGGUGAAAGAUGGAAUGUUCCAUUCAACUCGGCUGUCGCCUCGUCGAAUGAAAAUAUUCUUACCAUUCGCCUUUUCGAAUGAAAAUAUUCUUACCAUUGCACGAAAAAACAUUCAUUACUUGUUUUAUAUAAUACCAAAAUAGACUAAUAGAUUCGUAUGAGAAGCAUUUUGAGGGAUGCGAUUUAUCGAAAACACAAAGAGUGCAAUUGUACUAUAUACGUUUUAUUCCAUUGCACUCGCAGAGAGUGCAAUGGAACGUAUUCCAUUGCACUCUUGGGAAAUGGAAUUUUCUAUUCAAUAUCACGUGACCAUAAACAGCCAAUUAAACGAUCAGAAUUCAAUAAGGUAUUAUAUAAUCUAUAAUAAUUUACGUUGCUGGCUCCGUCCCCUCCCCCCUCCCCCCACGCACACUUUUUGAAAUGGAUAUUGCGAAGUUCAAAGGAAUUUUAAUUGAUAAAUCAUAUUUGUUUAUCUAUAUAUAUAUAUAUAUAUUUAUGUCUAUAUAUAUGUACUAGUUUAAACAUGAGCAGCUGAUCUUUAUCUGAUAUACAAACUCGAGCCGUAGGCGAGAGGUUGUCAGGGCCGCCGAGAGAAUUGGGGCCCGGGGCAAAUCGUCCCUGGGGGCCCCAUGACACCAUUAUUUUUUAGCUAGACCCAAAUAGACCUAUAUCAAAUAUCAGAUAUACAAACUCCUUCACGCUCAUGAUUUCGUUUGUGUUUUCUUCAUGAAUUAUUAAUGAUUUUACAAAAAUAUAUAAUCUUCCGAUACUCCACAGAAGCUCGGGGUAUGAAGGCCGUACUUUCACAGAGCCUUGGUAGUAAGAUUUUGUGUGAUUUUAUGUAGUCACUUAUAGAAGAGAGAACAGUUGGUCAUGCUAAGAAAAGUGAUCUUGUGCAUUCCGUUGUUGGUACAGGACCAUUCCGUAAGAUUGUCUUGGCCACACCUGUGGAGCCUGGAAACAAAAAUACGUAA